GUACAUCUUUCUAUUUUGUUGGGUUUGCCUAUUACUGGUCUGUCUGUUUGGCUGUCUGAUCAGGAAAGAUUUGGAAAGAUGACUUCGGUAAUUCAAUAUGAUUAUGAUUUCUCCCCCUAUGGCCAAAAGACAAGAUUACUCCUUCACGUCGCAGGCGUUGACUACGCAUUAGCUGAGACGUCCAUGCUCCUGCCCCGGCCAGCUUUGGAAGCAUUGGGAAUCACAUAUCGGCGAAUCCCCGUCGUUGCCAUUGGCAAAGACGUGUACGUGGACAGUUCCAAGAUUAUCGAUACUGCACUCAGCACGUUGGGGAAACUUCCACAGAGUCCGGCAGACAAGGCUUUUGAGGUCUACGGGAACAAUCUUUUUGCGGAGGCGCUUUCUCUGAUUCCGUUGGAGAUGCUCAGUCCGGACUUUGUGAAAGAUCGCGAGACGGUGUUUCCUGCUUUGUCGAGGUCGGAUCUCAAUACUCUCCGCCCGAGUGGACUGGCGCAGUUCAAGUCUCGGUUGCAUGAGAUCGAAACGAAGAUUCUGACCGGAUCGAGUGGACCGUUCAUUAAUGGGAGCCAAAUCAGUCUCGCAGAUGUUCAUGUCUUCUGGGUGAUCAGAUGGGCUUUCCAGGCUCUGGGCGUUGCAAAGGAACCUGGAAUUGACCAGUCUACUUUUCCUAAAAUCUUCAAGUUGAUCGAGAGUUUGCCGGACCCUGACAAAGUCAAGGCAGCUGCGAAGUCCGUGACACCUGAGGAGGCACAUAAGCUUGUGAUGGGUGGUCAGUAUACGAGUAAGACUGCUGCGACCAGCGUGCAAGAUGAUGGGACGUAUGGUAUUGCUGCUGGCACAACAGUUGCUGUGGAAAGUUUCGACUCUGCGCCGGGAUCGCAUCCCCAAUAUGGCAAGCUUGUUGGUACCAGCAUCGACGAGGUUGUGAUCGAGACCGACAGCGGUGUGCGCGUCCACUUCCCCAAGAUUGGCUACAUUGUACGGAAGUUGGAGGAUGCUCCAGCAAAGAUGAAGCUGUAGCAGGGCUUGUGAAGUGAUAUUCUACGACAUUGCUGCCACACAUAUCUGUCCAUACAGAAUUGACCCGAGCAGCCUGUCAGGCUGUAGAUGAUGUCGCGGUGGCGGUGGUGGGAGUAGUCGUGACUUUGCAUUUGGCCCUAUCCUAUAUUAUGGGUUCAGCAAGCGCAUAGACAGCUAGUUCAUACGUAUCCUUUACAGUCGUGUCGACCCGAGCCCCUGCUGCGCGAGCGAGGCGACUAGUACGAAGCGAACUGCUCUUUG